AUGAAUUCAUGCUUCACAGCCUCUCCAUUCACAACAAGAUCGUUGGUCACCAGGUCGAUGCUUGCAAUUUUAUGUUCAUCCCAUGACAUUUUGAGAUGGGUUUUCUUUCGUACAAUUCAACAAUUAGAAUUAAACACAGCUGGCUCUAUCCCAGACAUGGGCCAUGACCGCAUAGAUUCAAUAGACAGAGGAGUCCCAAGACAUACAAACACUUAUAUACAUGCUGUAAUCAGCCUUCUAAAGCAGCAUGACAGGCCGGUGACCUUUGAGGAAAUCAAGGACAAGACAAGAAUCGAUCUCCACAACAACUACAUGCUUCUCCAGUCUAUUAAGAAGAAUCCGAGGAUUGUUGCAACUCACAGUACUUUGAUGUUUAAGCCUUUAUAUUCAAUAAGAGGUGUAGAGGACUUGAGAAAGGUGAUGAAAGAGAUAAAUGGAGAAGAAGGACUAGAAAUGAGCAAGCUUAUGGACUCUCCUGUCAACAUCACACCCUUUGUGGAGGAGUUAAAAAGGAAUGAUGAGAUAAUUGUGCUCAGCGACAUAGACGGGUCAGAGAUAGUGUUCUGGAAUGAUAUGCAUGAGAAGCCCAUUGAUCCCCAGAUAAAAAGCCUAUGGAGUCAAGUUAGGAUAUCCACUUACCACGAUCUAAUAAGGGAGCUUAAUACUGCAGGAUUGAAGACAGAAAAGGUCGAGAACAUCAAAAAAAGGCCUACAAUUAAGAUUAAGAAAGACAGGAAAAGCAGGAGGAGGAUCAGAAUAACCAAUACACAUGUAAAGGGGCUGGACCUAAGCGGGGUACAAGAUGAGAGGUGA